AUGGGGUCAGUGGUUCUCAACCGGUGGGCUGCGGAGGUGCUGUGGGUUAGUGUGAAUGUCCUGGAAGAGGUCAUACCAGAUGAAGAUGGAGCCAUUGAGGAACAAGAAUCAGAAACUUUCCCUGAUGAAAACUUGGCCGAAGGGACAGAACGACAUGUAUAUGACUCUGGGGAAGGCUGUGUUCACGAGGUAGCUGUCUUGAAUGGAACUGGCCCUGUUCCACUCAAGAAACCAAGCCAUGGCUUAGUCAAAGAGUACAAGUUUGUUUUGGACCCCUUUCAGAAGGAGGCAAUUUUAUGCCUUGAGAACAAUCAGAGUGUGCUUGUUUCUGCACACACAUCUGCUGGGAAGACUGUUGUGGCUGAAUAUGCAGUUGCCUUGGCUCUUCGUCAGAAACAGCGAGUCAUCUACACCACACCCAUCAAGGCAUUGAGCAACCAGAAAUACAGAGAGUUUUAUGAAGAAUUUCAGGAUGUGGGACUGAUGACAGGAGACGUGACCAUUCACCCCAAUGCAGGAUGCCUCAUCAUGACCACAGAGAUUUUGAGGAGUAUGUUAUACCGUGGUUCUGAAGUGGUUCGGGAAGUUGGUUGGGUGAUCUUUGAUGAGAUUCACUACAUGAGAGACAAGGAACGAGGUUACGUAUGGGAAGAGACCAUCAUUCUCUUGCCUGAUAGUGCACGAUUUGUCUUUCUUUCUGCCACCAUCCCAAAUGCCAUGCAGUUUGCUCACUGGAUCUGCCACCUGCAUAAGCAGCCUUGUCAUGUAGUCUAUACUGAUUACAGGCCUGUUCCCCUUCAGCAUUAUGCUUUUCCCUGUGGGGGUGAUGGGAUCCAUCUUGUUGUUGAUGAGAAGGGCCAGUUCAGAGAAGAGAAUUUCAGUCGUAUCAUGGGAGUAUUGCAGAAUGCUGGUGAUGCAUCUAAGGGUGAUGCUGCUAACAAGGGACGUAAAGGGGGUCUCAAGGAAGAUUCAAAUUGCUACAAGAUUGUGAAGAUGGUUCUAGAGCGAAACAUGGCCCCAGUCAUCGUAUUCAGCUUCAGUAAGCGGGACUGUGAACUGUAUGCUCUAAACAUGGCAAAGUUGGACUUCAACAGUUCACAGGAAAAGAAGUUGGUGGGGGAGGUGUUCAAGAAUGCCAUGGACAUCCUUAGUGAGGAAGAUAGAAAACUGCCUCAGGUGACAAGUGUUUUACCUCUGUUGCAGAGGGGGAUUGGAAUUCAUCAUGGUGGACUCCUUCCUAUUCUGAAAGAAACCAUUGAAAUCCUUUUUUCUGAGGGACUCAUCAAGGCUCUUUUUGCAACUGAGACCUUUGCAAUGGGAUUAAACAUGCCUGCACGAACAGUAGUGUUUACUUCUGCUCGAAAGUUUGAUGGAAAGGAUUACCGCUGGCUGUCAUCUGGUGAAUACAUUCAGAUGUCAGGACGUGCAGGUCGACGUGGCUUGGACGAGAAGGGCAUUGUCAUCCUCAUGAUUGAUGCCAGCAUGUCUCCUGCCAUUGCUCGGAAUCUUCUGCAGGGCCAGGCAGAUGAACUGAAUUCAUCAUUUCGAAUCACCUACAACAUGGUGCUGAAUCUCCUGCGUGUUGAAGAGAUCAAUCCUGAAUAUGUGUUGGAGCGCAGUUUCUAUCAGUUUCAGCAUUAUCAAGCCAUUCCAGACCUGAAGCUGCAAGUGAAGAAGCUUGAGGCUUGUUACAAUUCUAUCACAGUACCAGAUGAAAAUCAUGUUUCUAGCUAUCACCAGAUGGAGGAUACCCUGAGGUCACUGAUGAACAAUUUCCAUGAGUACAUCACCAAACCCAAAUAUCUUGUCCCAUUCCUCCAGGCUGGUAGAAUGGUUCACAUUGUGAACAAGGAGAAAGAUUUUGGUUGGGGGGUGGUGGUAGACUUCAAAAAAUCAGUUGAUGCAACUGAUAAGGCCAACCCUUCUUAUUCUGUCAUGGUAGUGCUUCGUGUGUCAAAGGAUACCCAGAAAGAACCAAGAUGGGAUAUGGUCACCCCUACACCAAAAGGGAAGCUCCCUGCUGCACAUAUUCUUGGCAUGCCACUGAGUCUCAUUACUGAGGUCUCUUCGGUUCGUGUCUUCAUUCCCAAGGAUCUGAGAGCUCCAGACAGCAAGAUGAGUGUUUUGAAGACCAUUGAAGAAGUCCAAAAGCGGUUCCCUAGUGGGCUCCCUCUAUUGGAUCCCAUUGAUGACAUGGGCAUUAAAGAUGAAGGACUGAAGACUUUAGUAGUACAAAUGAAAGAUCUUCAAGCACGCCUUCAGAAGCAUCAUUUGCAUACAGAGCCAAAAUUGAAGGAACUCUUGUCUUUGUAUAAAGAGAAACAGCGGGCCAAGGUUGAUCUCCAGGCUGCAAAAUCAGAACUCAGGAAAACUCUGUCCGUUAUUCAGCUGGACGAACUCAAGUGCAGGAAGCGGGUCCUUCGACGCCUCAAGUAUUGCACCAGUUCUGAUGUGAUUGAAGUCAAAGGUCGUGUGGCAUGUGAGUUAAGCUGUGGGGAUGAGUUGUUGCUCACAGAGAUGAUCUUCAAUGGAAUGUUUAAUGAGAUGGAAGCAGCACAAAUUGUGGCCCUUCUCAGCUGCCUUGUCUGUGAUGAGAAAUCUCUGGAUGCCCCUGUCAUUCCUGAGGAGAUAAUGGGUCAAAUGAAGGAGAUGCAGGACCUGGCCCGUCGAAUUGCUCGAGUUGCCAAAGAUGCUCAUUUAGACAUUGAUGAAGAGUUGUAUGUCGACAGAUUGAAGCCAUACUUGCUUCAGCCAGUUUUAGCCUGGUGUCGGGGUGCCUCAUUUGCACACGUUCUCACAAUCACAACCAUCUUUGAAGGUGGCAUCAUUCGCUGCAUGCGACGCCUUGAAGAACUUCUUCGGCAGAUGUGUCAGGCUGCAAAAGCCAUUGGGAAUGUUGAGCUUGAAAAUAAGUUUGCUGAAGGAAUUCGACUGCUGAAGAGGGACAUUGUGUUUGCAGCAACAGCUGCUAAUCUUUUAUUUUUCCUCAAACCACGUCUUUGGCCACAGGUGAUCCAAAUCAGCCCUGAACAAAAGAAACUCCUGGGUAUUGCAGAUGAUGGGGUCUACAUCAACGCCAGUCAAAUUAGGAUCACCUGCAUCUCCUUCCACCCCUUCUCUUCUCAGCAUUACACCCAUGAAUAUGUCUCAUGUCUCUUGGAUGUCCUCUUCAGGUCUCAUCGAGAUCGACAGGAAUCAUGGGAGAAGUUGGUGAGCUCAUCAUUCCUAUCAUCGAGUGGUGAAAAGCCAAUGACCACUCAGGAUGAACUGGAUUUCUUUCUGAAAGCUCAUGAUGAGGAAAAGCGGAAAAACCUCAGUUUCAGUGAGAGCAUGAACAGUUCUGGAGCAUCAAUGAAUCGCAGCAUGCUCUCAGCAGCCAUGGACUAUACCUGCCUGUUGAAAAAGUAUGCUUAUCAGCUGGGGACAGCAAUGUCCCCAUCAGGGACUGGGGGAACAAGUGGUGGAGGGACAGGUGGAAGCAUGGGUGGAUCAUCUGCUGAGCACUCAUCUCCUCUCAGCUCUGGGUCAAGUGCAGAAGUGUGGAGACGCCUUGGGGUUUCCUCAUUCACUGUUUAUGCUUGGACUGAAAACAUCAGGAAGUGGCUAUCCAAAACAAUCUUCAGCCGACUGGUGACAGAGAUGGAUUCUGUGAACAAAGCACUGAUAAGCUUGGGACAUAGUGACGCCCAACUUGGGCAAGUUGGUUUGUCCCAGCUGAAAAAUCUGGCACUGUCUCGUUCAGCUCACCUGCCUUCUCUUGCUGUCCUUGUCCCAUACUUGGAGGUCCAUCCCAAUCAGGAAUAUGUUGUCAUGCGAAUUCGAGAACUUGGUCGGGGAGGAUGUUUGAGUGAAUACCGGUGGGACUCUGGUGGUAGUUAUGAUGGGAAACCUUGGGCAGACCAUCUUCCGACAGACACUGCUCUGGUGAUGCAUGCAUUCGCAACAUAUUUUGACUGUCACCUACCUCCAUUUCCUAUCUUUGCUGAUGGAAAAGUGUUUUCAAAUCAGUACUUUGUCAAGAGCCCAUCCAAACCCAUUAGCAAAGACAUGCCAAUCAUUUACCAGACUCAAGUCAAUCCACCACACUUCAAAUUCCUCUAUGGGAAUGACACCUUUGAGCCUGCUAAGGGCCGUAACAACCUCUUCUACGUCCUCCUGCUGUUUCUCUAUCAUGUGAAGCACAAGGAAGGAGGGAUGCUGGGCCGGGUUGACCUCAGUCUCUCAGGAAUCAAUGUCCUAUGGGUCUACGGCCUGAGUGUCAUCCACACGGUGGACAAGUCAGAGACGAAACAUCCGGUCAUCUGGAGA